ACAGCUAUGUAGUUACUAGAAACGCUUUCAUGGGUCAACCUAUAAAGUGAAUAACUUUAAUUCAGCGCAAAGUACAACGAUCAUUGAUAUCCGUUAUCAAAUAUGUGUUUGUUCUAAUCUCUGAUAUAUAAUCUCCUCCAACGUGCACAUGGUCCCGUAUAUCAGUUUAACAACAUGAACAGAUGGGAAGGUAAGGUGGCUAUCGUGACCGGCACCACUUCGGGGAUCGGAUCCGUAAUUGCCGAACGAUUGGUGGAUGUUGGGUUGACAGUUGUAGGACUGGCCAGGCGUAAAGAACUAGGAGAGGAAUUGGCUCGGACUCUCGAAGGAAGAAAGGGAAGGUACUACCAUUUAACAGCCGACGUUGCCAAGGAGGAGGAUGUACUAAACGCUUAUAAAUGGAUUGGGGAGAAUUUGGGUCCCGUCCAUGUUCUGGUGAAUAAUGCGGGAGUGUUGAGGCCUACAAGUCUGUGUGACGGAAACACGACCGAUUGGAAGAGUAUGCUCGAUCUCAACGUUGUGGGACUAUGCAUGAUGACCAGGGAAGCAGUGAGAUGUAUGAAGGCUAACAAAGUCGAUGGUCACAUAGUGCAUAUCAACAGUACCAGCGGUCACACGGUUCCAGUACCGGUAGCAGCCCACGUUUACGCAGCCAGCAAGUUUGGUGUAACUGCCCUAACAGAGGCUUUAAGGCAGGAACUGGUGGCAGGUGGAAGCCGGAUAAAAAUUUCGAGCGUUAGCCCUGGGCUUACCGAAUCGGAGGGAAAUCCGCUGCCUCGCGAAGUACUGGCAAACAUACCGAUGUUGAAGGGGAAGGAUGUUGCAGAUGCGAUUUCUUACAUCAUUUCGACACCGCCACACGUCCAGGUUCAUGAUAUCGUGUUGAGGGCCAUUUUUUAACGGUCGCCGCCAAGAUUUUUAGAUAGAAAUUAAAGUUAACUGCAAUGCAGAAGAUGUAGUUUUAUUGGUUCAAAAGGUCCAACCUAGUUGCAUCUCUUUUCAAUUGUUGUGGUCUGUAAGUGCCUGUUGGUAGGUAGGGUAUUUCUUAUGGUAAUAAUUCCAUGGCUGAUUAUGAUUGAAACCAAAUUCGUUUGUUUAUUGUCUCUCAUAGUCACCAUCGACACGGCCAUGGAAUUAUUUCCAUAAGAAAUACAUUGUUAACUUCAAAGCA